GUGGCAAAAUAUUUCUGGGUUCUGAUAAGUCUACUAGUCUCAACUGUCCAGUUUUGUGUACCCAUUUUUAAAAAAUCUGUAACCCUUUCGUAUGUAUUCCUUACUUUCGUGUACAAAAAUGUUUUGUGCAGGAUUUAUGCAGCGUAGACUGAGCCUGGGUCUAAAGCAAACUCUCGGGUUGAUGACCAACAAACGCUAUUCCGAGGAGAAGAAACCUCCAAAUGUCUUCCUGUGGGGCGGUGGACUCGGCAAGCUGCAAGGCGGUCUGAAGGAGGAGGAGUACUUCAUUUCCCUGACCCAGAACCUCAUGUGCAAGAUGCGGGACAAGAAGGACCACGUGGACUACAUGCCCAAUUGGGAUGAGUUCCAGAAGACGCUGGAUCACGCCUCCCUCGGCAGCUCAUCGUUCAUGAACAAGCACAAGAAUGUACUCGAGGAGGCGUUCUUCCUAAACGAGACCGCAGAUGAUAUAAAAGUAUUACACGACCGUGCUCAAGAGGACCCAAAGGUUGCUAACAACACUGCUACCGAUUUGGAACUGAAGUCAGAUCCACAAAACACAAAUUAGUUAAUUGUUUUUAUCAUUACUUGACAUUCCCUCGUUACUUCAGAGGCGCAACAUACUCAUGCCAAUACUUCCGAAUCACACUGCGCAAUAAAAUUGUUAGUUUCAAAGUUCAAAGGGGAUUAAAAAAUAAAAGUCCUGGAUUUAAA